UAAAAUAUGUUUAAUCCUAACUGUAUCAAAACAUUAAGAACAAUGAGUGCAUCAUCAUAACGUUCUGCUUAAAAUAAAUAAUUGAUGGAGGAAAUUGAUUCUGCUAUUGAAGAUUUAAGAGAAUGGAAAAAAAAUGAAAAUCUUGAAUUGAAAAAACAACUCAUGCAAAAUUAACAAACUAAAAAAAUAAUCUACAAAAGUGGCUAUGAAAUAGAUGAAGAAGAAGACACUCGUUAAGAAGAAUUAUUAUAAUAAUAAGCAGAUUUAAAUUAGAAAUUAUAAAAGAUUAGACAAGAAUAUAUGAAAGAAUAUCUUAAAAUUACAAAGUAUAUGGCUAGUGAAUAAAAAACCUAAGAAGUGACUUUAAAAUUAUAAGAAAGUUCUUAAAGAUUAGAAAAUUUAGAAAAUUAUCCAACUAAUUAACUUAAUCUUAAUCAACUUGAUGAUGAUAUCUUCUUAAAACUUACUUAAUGGAAAUCUUAAUUAGCAGAACUAGAUUAAAUUUCUUAAAACCAAUAAUCUGUUUAAUAAGUUUCAUAAAAUGAUUAAAAUGAAUAAGUUUCAGCAAAUAUGAAAUAAAAAAUACAAUUAGAGUUAGAUUCAUUUUAAAAAGAUGAAUAAAAAAUUUCAAAAGAAUCACUAAAAUAGCAGGAAUUUAAUUAGCAUAUUAAAUAAGAAUUGAAUGAGCUUGAUAAGGAUUUUGAUGAAAUAGAUUCAUUAUUAAAUUAAUGCGGAAUCAAAUGA